AGAACGCCUUUCUGCCUCUCGCGCCCAGGCAGGCGAACCCGGUGGGAGCAGGAGCGCUCUUUGGCCACCUCGCUUCCCACGUGGGGGGCUAUCACCACUGCCCCCCCAGGCUGCCCCGGAGGCCCAGGGAUAACAGGAGGGGAGUCGCUAUGGAGACGCACGAGCAGGAGAUGGAGCUCCUGAGCAACAGCAUCGCAGCCUAUGCACACAUCCGGGACCACCCGGAGAGCUUUGGGCUCUACUUUGUGCUGGGCGUCUGCUUCGGGCUGGUGCUGACCCUGUGCCUGCUGGUCAUCCACAUCUCGUGGCAGCCUCGCACCAUCCGCCACAGACCCCGCAAGAGGCCACGGGACUUGAGUGAGGAAGAGGAAGACGACGAAGAGGAGGAAGAGGAGGAGGACGAGGAGGAGGAAGACACCGUGGACCCAAGCGCGUCGGAGCCCCCCCUGGCCUUGACCGAGCUGUCGCCUCUGGAGCCCCACAGCACCCCCGACGGGACGCUCACGGUCAACGUCUUUGCCUCGGCUGAGGAGCUGGAGCGCGCCCAGCGGCUGGAGGAGCGCGAGCGGAUCCUGCGGGAGAUCUGGCGCAACGGGCAGCCGGACAUCCUGGGGACGGGGACGGGCACCCUCAGCAGAGUCCACUAUUAUUGACCAGCCCGCUUCCCUGCCCGCCAGGCAGGACAGGCAGCUGUCGGGACCGGUAGGUCUUGGUGCCAGCUGGGCAGCAGCGCCUAAGACCCUUCGCAGGACCUGCCUCACACCAAUUCCGGGGCAGCUGUUUUAUUAGAGGGGGGAGUGAGGAGAUGAGAGAAGAGACCGACCAUAGGGCCACUGAAAAUGGCUGUACACAACCAGCCACAAGGCCCCCCCUCCCAGAGACUCGCACUCGGCUCAAUUUUUGGAAGAGACAGGGAGCGCGAGGGGCGUCCUCUCCUCUCCUCCGCUCCUGCUGACGUGAUUCUCGGAUGCCCUGGUUGUCCCCGGGCGGAGGAGAGAGGGAGCCCAUGCCUGCCCUUGGCCAUGGGUAGGAACAAUGGCCACGAUCCACCACCACCACCGCCGGGUUCAGGGAGCUCUAGUGCCUGUUGCCGACUCCUGAGGAGCCGUCAGGGGCCAGAGAGGCCCCAGGUCCAGCAGAACUGUCCAUGGGGGCGGGAGUGACGAAAGAAAAUGGACCAUCCCCAGGUUUAGAGAGGCAGCUGGGAAGAGCCCUUGGCCCGGCGCUGCUUCGGCCAGAAGCCCGUCCCUCCCUGGUGCUCGGGGUUUUGGGGGGGGGGAGAUGAUGUGGCCCUCCCUUCCAUGUCUACUCAGGUGCCUCUAAAAGGGCCGGGGGGGGGCAGACCCACUGCCUUUGUGCAGGGAGGGCCCCAUAGCAGCAAGCUGCAGGUGCUUCUUCUCCUCCCCUGCCAGGAGGGGGGGGGCCCUUCUCAUAGACCCAGCAGCCCUCUGGGAAGCGAGGAUCCACCCCGCUCUUCCCCUGGCCUUCCUGGCAGGGGAUGUUUACAUCUUCCAAGAUGGGCAGAAGGUGGCCUCCCCCUCAGCCACCCCUCUCUGUCCAGAAGCCCUCCGCUGGUCAUCCUCCUUGCCCUUCCCAAGGCCAGGGUGGGUCUCUUUGGGUGCAGGAUGAUACCCGCCCCGCAGCGUAGCUGCUCACAGGGACCAGCCUUCCCUCUGGUGCUCCUCGUCUUGCCUCCUGCCAAGACAUUUUGUGGGUUUGGCCACGGCGGGUGAUUUGGGGGGGCAGUCAACGUGUGGC